UAGUUUCUUAUUUUCUUUUACAAGAAAGGAAGAAAUUAAUUCGGCAUUUUUAACAAGAGUUAAAAAUUCUGGAGUUUACGCAGUAUGUUAUGAUUCAAAUUAUGGGCCAGCUUUUGGAGACGGAUGGGAUUUAAUUAUAGAGCGUAAAAAAUUUAUUAGAACAUAUGGUUGCGGUACAUAUUCAGAUGUAUUUAAAAUUAUAAAUUGUGGUAAAGAUUAUAUUUUAGAAGAUUAUGAGGUACAUCAGGUAGUAAAAAAUGAUGAUAAAUAAAUUAAAUUGAUUCGCUGUUACAUAUCACAUGAUAUGUGAUCUUCAUUUAUUUAUUAUAAAGUUAGUACGACAAUUCUUUCUCUAAUUUUUGAAAAUAAAAAUGGCGGAAAACUUGUUAUUAGAUUUAUCACAAGAUAUUGGUCAACUUCUUACUUCUGGAGAUAAUUAUGAUUUAAUUAUUCAAGCUGGAGAAGGUCAAAAUAUGAAAGAAUUUUUUGCACAUUCAUUAAUACUAAGAGCUAGGUCAACAUAUUUCAAAACUGCAUUAUCAAAAGAAUGGGCGAAAAAAGAAAAUGGUGUAAUUAUUUUCAAAAAGCCAAAUAUUUCUCCAGAAAUUAUUGAAUUAAUUUUAGAAUAUCUUUAUACUGGAUUGGUUAAUUUUAAUAAACAAAAUGGAGCACAAAUGUUAAAACUUUUAAUGGCAUCUGAUGAAUUGGAUUUGCAAAAAUUAAAUGAUUAUAUUCAAACUUAUCUGAUUAAUAAUCAAGCAGAAUAUUUAAAAAAUGAUCCUGUUGGCGUUCUUCAAAUUGUAUUUCGGUAUGAGAGUUGUGAAAAUUUACGUAAAUUUUGUUUAGACACUAUUUGUAAAGAUCCUAAAAUACUUUUUGAAUCUCCAAAAUUCACUUCAUUAGAAAAAGACCUUAUUAUUCUUUUCUUAAAAAAUAAUAAGCUUGAAAUGGAAGAAAUUGAUAUUUGGGAAUCCAUACUUAAAUGGGCUCUUGCAAGAAUGUCUACUCAACAUAAUGUUGAUGACUUAUCUCAAUGGGUGUCAAAUAAUUUUGAAGAAUUAGAAAAAAUUUUACACGAUUUAAUUCCACAUAUUAGAUGGUUUCAAAUUCCUGGAAAAGUUUUUUGGAGAAAGAUUAAUCAAUUUGAGCCAAUAUUUCAAAAACAACUUUAUAAAGAUAUUAUUGGAUAUCAUAUUGAUCCUGACACACCACCAAUUAAUGCAAUAUUACCUUUAAGACGUAAUUUAUCUUAUAUUGAUUCUGUUCUUAUCAAAAGAGAUCACUUAUCAAUAAUUGCAAGCUGGAUUGAUAAAAAGGAAAAGUCUUUUUAUAAUACUAGAAGUACUCCUUAUUUAUUCAAACUUCUUUAUCGUGCAAGUAGAGAUGGAUUUGAAGCUGCAAAAUUUCAUGAGUUAUGUGAUAAUAAAGGUUCGACUAUUAUGAUAUCAAAAUUAA